GUAAACAAAAUGCACAUGGGACAUUUUUUCACUGGGAUUUCGUAUGAAAUUUCUGGCAAAUGGCAUCAGUGUUACCUAUUGUUGACAGCGAAAGCAAACACGAUGGCAUUUUAGAACAAGUGUGGCAAAGAAUUGUUGGGAGUUCAGAGCAGGCUAUGACCCUCCUUCCUGACAUUAUUGAUUGUUAUUCAGAGUCUCACAGACAUUAUCAUACUAUACAUCAUAUUAUCAACAUGCUAAAACUGUGGUCUAGCCACCAGCAACAUUUGAAACAGCCGUUAUUGGUUGCAUUGGCAGUGAUAUUUCACGAUGUGAUAUAUGACCCUAAAAGAGAUGACAACGAAGAAAGAAGUGCAGAAUUCUUUAAAAAAUUUGCCAGAGAAAUGAGAUUGCCCUCAGAAGAAAGCGAGUUGGUUUCAGGGUGGAUUGUUUUAACCAAGAGUCAUAAGACACCUGUCCAUGCCACUCCAGGGUUUUAUGGAAAGGAAGACUGGCACUACCUCCUGGACUUUGACAUGGCUGUGCUUGGUUGGCCUGAUGAAGACUAUGAAAAGUACUCUGAUCAGAUUCGACAAGAAUAUAUCCACAUACCUUCUGAACAUUUUAAUUCAAGAAGGGUCCAGGUUUUACAAUCAUUCCUUCAAAUUCCCAACAUUUAUGCCACUAAAGAGUUCAGGGACAAGUUUGAAGUUCAGGCAAGAAAAAAUAUUCAGGAAGAAAUCAGGAGACUACAGAAUUCUUUAUUGAAAGGUGAAGCUAUACUCCAUGCAACUCCGUUUUCCUGCUGUGUAUUGCCAAAAUUCAUUCAGGACCCAGGGAACUUUUUGGAGACACUGAAAGAUGAACUUUUGGAUCAGGUUUUCUACCAGAAAAAUAAUGACUUAUACAAAUUCCAGCAGAGUAAUGACUUGAAGAAGAUCCACACACCCUGUGUGAAGAUGCUGUGCCAGUUCCUAUAUGGAGAUGUUCUUCAGUGGAUGAGAGAAGUGACAGGAAUUCCACUCACUGACAAAGUGGACUUGACUUGCUCUAGAUAUGAUGAUACUGAUGUUCUACUUUGCCAUGAUGAUGAACUUGACAGCAGGAGGAUAGCAUUCAUCUUAUAUCUUGUUCCACCUUGGAAACAGAGCGAUGGAGGAGCCUUAGACUUGUUUGAUAUGGAUGAGCAUGGGCAGCCAAAAACAGUUGUUAAGUCUGUACUUCCAGCUUGGAAUAACUUUGCUUUCUUUGAAGUUACUCCAGCAUCUUUUCACCAGGUUGCAGAGGUUCUGACAUCAGACAAAACCAGGCUAUCAGUGAAUGGUUGGUUUCAUGGUCCCACAGUUCCCAGGAGUGCACCACCCUAUGAUGAGCUACCAAGACCUCUGCAAAAAUAUGUAUCAGUGCCAGAAGAAUUUUUGUAUGAAUGGAUCAAUCCAAUCUAUCUAGACAUGGAGGUACAAGCAGAAAUCCAGGAAAAGUUUGAAAAUGAAUCGGAGAUACAGUUACAAGAUUUCCUAAAGGAAGAAAAAUAUAAUGCAGUUAUGGCAGCACUUAGGACAGAUUCUGUAAAGUGGAAUUUACAGAAUUCCCCACUAAAAAGGAAAUAUCACAGUGCCAAUGAAGAAAACCUACCAGAAAUCUUAAAGCAGUGUCUUACUUUCUUCAGCUCUGAAGCAAUGUUUCUCAUAUUGUCAAACCUAACAGGAUUAACUUUACACAGACUUGCCAAUUACAAUGACAAUUCUGAUGCUGUUGCUGACAGGGAUGAAAACACUAAAAAUAUGGAGGAGUCGGCAACGAAAGAUAAUAUUGCAUCAAUAAAAGGAAAAUCUCAAAAAGAUAGUUUUGGUGGAUGCCAAAGUUCCAAUGAUAGUGAUGCUAGUGAUAAUAAUUCAGCAAAAAGACAGAAGCUUGACCCUGAUAAGGAAACACAAGCUACAGGCAAUAAAAUUGCUUGUAGCACAGACAGAGUGGCCCAAGCAGAGAAAAGAUACCCAGAUGAUGAGUGUUUUACUGGUAACCCAAGAUGUAGAGUGGAAGUAAGAAGCUGGUCACAUGGUUGCUACACAUUGAUGCACGAUAUUGAUGCAGAAAAGUCCGACUAUGCUCUGGAUGCUAUGCUGUUCUACAAUUGCAAAGGUUGGAAGCAGGAAUAUGGCGGAUACACAUCAUAUGUUGCAAAGGGCGAGGAUGAAGAGUUGCUAACAGUGAACCCCAUGGAGAACUGCCUGGCCUUGGUGUACAGGGACAAAGACACUAUGAGAUUUGUGAAACACAUAAACCACAAGAUACAAGAAAUGCCGGAUGGAUCAGUUUACUACGAUAUUUCAGCUGUGUAUUACGAGUGAAGGUGUAAUUUUUUCCCUUUGAGACAAUUACUUAUGUUGACAUAAAUAUUUACGUUAUAGUGCCCACAUGGAAGCUAUGUGACAGAAUGAAAUAGACAAAAGAAAACAAUUAUUUGCAAUGGAACUUAUACAUCUCAUACAGGAAGAAUGUGUAGAAUAUAAUUUAUGAAUUUUUAACAUUUAAAUCAGUUUUGUAUAAUCAAUAAAAAAAA